UUCAUGGAUGGAUCAAUUAGAUUGAUUUAAUCUAAGCUAAUCUAUCAUCUACAGACGUAUUACGCAAACUUGCGUAACAAAUUCUUUGAACGGAAUCCAAGCAUGCCGUUUCGAAUUCAGUACCGUAACACACGCCAAUCAGUAUAGCAAAAUAAGAAUCGAGAAAAAUGGUCAUCAAAAAAUUGGAUAAUCGUUUGCGAAUAUUGAUCGAAAAUGGCAUCAUUGCCGGACAUCGAACAAUGUUUGUCAUUGUUGGACCUAAAGCUCGUGAUCAGGUUGUCAUUCUUCAUCAGAUGCUUUCGAAAUCUCGUGUAAAAGCACGACCAUCCGUAUUGUGGUGUUAUAAAAAAGAACUGGGUUUCUCUUCACACCGGAAAAAGCGAAUGCGAUUGUUGCAGAAAAAACUUAAAUCGGGUGUCGAAUUGGACAAUGUUGAGGAUAUGUUCGAAACGUUCAUUGCACAGACCGAUAUUCGUUAUUGUUAUUACAAAGAAACGCAUAAAAUUCUUGGCAAUACGUAUGGAAUGUUGAUAUUACAGGAUUUCGAAGCCAUCACUCCCAAUAUAUUGGCUCGAACUAUCGAAACGAUUGAGGGUGGUGGAAUUGUUUGCGUUCUAUUGAAUCAGAUCACUUCUCUUCGACAAUUGUAUACAAUGACUAUGGAUGUUCACACCAGAUAUCGAACCGAAGCUCAUCAGGAUGUUGUUGCUCGAUUCAACGAACGUUUCAUUUUAUCACUGUCAUCUUGCAAAAAAUGUGUUAUUGUUGAUGAUAAAUUGGAUAUCGUGCCCAUUUCAUCCAAUCUUGAUGAAAUUGUUGCCAUACCGCGAAACGAAGAAUCCGACGAAAUUUCAUCGCCACAGCUAAAAGAAUUGCAAGAAUCGCUCAAAGACACUCAACCAAUCGGUUCGAUUAUCAAUCUUUGUCGCACUUUGGAUCAAGCACAAACAGUUUUGAAAUUUAUCGAUGUCAUUUCGGAAAAAACAUUGACAUCCACUGUCUCGUUAACGGCUAGUCGUGGUCGUGGUAAAUCGGCAGCUUUGGGCUUAGCAAUAGCUGCAGCCAUUGCAUUCAAUUAUUCAAAUAUCUAUGUCACUUCUCCUUCACCCGAAAAUUUGAAAACAUUAUUCGAAUUCAUCUUGAAAGGAUUCGAUGCCGUUUCGCUGAAAGAACAUCUCGAUUAUGACAUUAUUCAAUCGACCAAUGAAGAAUUCAACAAAGCAAUCGUCCGUAUCAACAUUUACCGUGAACAUCGUCAAUGUAUCCAAUAUAUCCAUCCUACCGAUGCGGUCAAAACAAAUUUUCUGGCUCAAUCGGCUGAAUUGUUGGUUAUUGAUGAAGCUGCUGCAAUACCAUUGCCCAUUGUCAAAUCCUUGAUUGGACCAUAUUUGGUGUUCAUGUCUUCUACGGUUAAUGGCUAUGAAGGUACUGGACGUUCUUUAUCGUUGAAAUUGCUUCAACAGCUUCGACAACAAAGUCGUUGUCGUUCGGAUAAACAAAACAACGAUGUUAACAACAUUGGUGGUAGAGUUUUGCAUGAACUAACUCUGAACGAAUCGAUUCGAUAUCGAAACGGUGACGAUGUUGAGCAAUGGCUUAAUCAACUUCUUUGCCUCGACGCUAGCUGUGUCAAUUCAGUGGAUGCAACCGAUUCGGUCGGUUGUCCCUUGCCUGCCGAUUGUCAACUGUAUUACAUAAAUCGUGAUAUACUUUUUAGCUAUCAUAAAACAUCGGAAAAUUUUCUGCAAAAAAUCAUGGCCUUGUGUGUAUCGUCACAUUAUAAAAAUUCUCCAAAUGAUUUGCAAAUGAUGUCCGAUGCUCCUGCUCAUCAUCUUUUCUGCCUUUUACCACCUGUUACAUCGAAACAUUUGAAAAAAUCGCAAAUUCCUCCCGUACUCUGUUUCAUCCAGGUAUGUUUGGAAGGACAAAUCUGCAAAGACUCGAUUAUGGCCAGUUUAUCACGCGGACAACGUGCUUCGGGUGAUCUUAUUCCGUGGACAAUAUCUCAGCAAUUCCAAGAUUCACACUUCGCUGAAUUAUCGGGCGUACGAAUUGUUCGGAUUGCCACCGAUCCGAAUCAUCAGAAAAUGGGCUACGGUACACGUGCAUUACAAUUACUUGAGGAUUAUUAUCGCGGUCUUUACAAUGUCAAUCUAAUCGACGAACGUUCCAUCACCAAUGAUGAAUCGGAAGAAAAUCAAAUCAAAAAACUGGAUGAACCAUUAUUGUUAGAUCUCAAAGAACGCAAAGCAGAAAAAUUAGAUUAUCUGGGUGUGUCAUUCGGAUUGACUUCUGAACUGCUAAGAUUUUGGAAAAAAUCCGGCUUCAUUCCAGUCUAUCUACGACAAACACCAAACGAACUGACUGGCGAACAUUCAUGCAUCAUGCUCAAGCAAUUGCAUGUCGAAAACAUCACAAACGAUUGGCUGCAACAAUUUUGGAUAGAUUUCCGACGACGAUUCAUUUCAUUACUUUCGUAUGAAUUCAGUAAAUUUUCCACUACAUUCGCAUUGAAUAUUUUGCAAAAUGUUCUGGUCGAUUCAACCACGACAAACACCGAUCGAUUGAACAAAGAUGAAUUAUUGAUCCAUAUCAGUGUCUAUGACAUUAAACGAUUAGAGCUUUAUUCGCAGAAUUUGGUCGAUUAUCAUUUGAUUGUUGAUCUAUUGCCCACUAUUGCUAAACUUUAUUUCAACAAUCGAUUCGAUCCCAGCUUCCAUCUUUCGCAUGUACAGAAUGCCAUUCUCCUUGGUAUAGGAUUACAGCAUAAAAAUGUCGAUUCGAUUGCCGAAGAAUUCAAACUCCCAGGCACACAAAUAUUAGGUCUUUUCAGUCGAACAAUCAAAAAAAUGACCAACUAUUUUCGUUCGUUGAAUGAAAAAGAAAUUGAAAAAUCCAUGCAAAUCAAUAACGAUGUUGGCCAAUCAUCAUUGAAUCCACUGCCGCAGUCAUUAGAUGAGGAACUUGUCGAAGCGGAAAAACUUGUCAAUCAAGAUGAGCGUAAACGCAAAAAACAGCUAGUCAAAGAUCUCAGCCAAUUCGCUAUCAAAGGAAACGAAGAUGAUUGGGAUCGUGCAUUGAAAGAUUCACAGAAAACAUUGAUAUCGAUCAAAAGUUUAGCCACCAAUACCAAUACCAAUGCGAAUAAAAUGGAAAAUCAGCCACGAAUGAAGAAUGCCAACAAAAACAACAACAAUAAUAAUAAUAACCGAAACAAAAAGAAUAAAAAAUUUCGCAGAAAUUAAAUCUUGCAAUGACAAAGUGGACAAUUUUUCAAUGAACGAAUCUCCUCUGCCAUUGCAUGAUGUUUGCAUCGUUGGCACGUCCAAUUUUUACAAUUUUGAUCAAUCAUCGAUCGGCCCGUCGCCACACAAACGUGAAAUUUUGUCUGACAUUUCGGACACGUGGUACUAUAUUGCGGAAUCGAUGAUUGUCCACAGAAUUUGCAUGCAACUUUAUUCGAAACGUCAUUACGAAUUUCAUCGGGCGAAUUUUUCAGAAAAAUUUUCAC